AUGACCAUCGUUAGUUCAAUUCCUAUACGUCUUAACUCUCUCAUUACUUUACCGUUGCUUUCAAGUGUUGAGCUUCCUAAUCUCAUGGAGAAAACUUCAAAGGGGAUCAGAAAGUAUCACAAUGAUCGUGUGGAUCGCUCACAAGUUAAAAUAUUGAUGUGUUUCCAUUGUGGGGAACAGUUUUCAUCGAGCUCCAGUUACCAAAGACACUUGACUUAUGAGCAUCAAGCAUUAUCCCUAUGCUAUCAGAUAUAUCAGAACGAGAUCAUAUUUGAAAAAAAUGCAAAGAAAAAAAUCGCCAAAGAAUCUCGGAGGACCAAGGGUGACUAUAAACCAAGAAAACUUGAUCCCAACCCAAAACCAGAAGGCGUCAGUUACCGAAGAGCUACUGACUCAAAACUAGAACUUAGUUACAAAAGAACAAAUGAUGCGAUCAAAGAAAAAAACGACGCUAAAAGGUCGAAAGUAUCGAGUGAGGUCUAUAAAAAGAUUGAAAAGAAUCCGCUCCGUAAUUUUGUUGAUAUCCGUUUACCUGAAAAAAGGCCGGCUCCUUCCUCAGAAACUGAACCUGCAAUGAAAAGAGCUAAGGAAGACGUUCCUGUUUAUAAGAGUUACAUAUCAGAUCCAUGUCACGAGAAGUGUAAUGUUUGUGAGGUAUCUUAUGAAGAUAAAAGUGGAGAGAGCUUAGUGGAUCACUACGUUAGUGAACAUGGCGCCCUAAUAAACACUAUGAACGUUCAUUUGUACAAGGAUAAGAAUUUUGUAAAAACAAGGAACUCUCCCGCAGGAACAGUCUGCUUAAUAUGUGAUUUGAAGAAAAUAGAUACAACCACAGAAUAUUUUCAUCAUUUAAUACAAACGCAUCUGGAUAUGCUAGUCGAUAAAAUGAGUAAACAAGGAGAAAUAGAUAGUUUGGUUAUUGAAAUGGAACUGUCACUAAGUAAUGGAGCUGUCGUUCCCAUCAAGAUACUCAUCCGAACUUUGAAAAAUGCAUUAUAA